AUGCGAACAUUCCACAAAACUCGAGAGUAUGUGGAGACCAAACGAGCUGCUCGGCAGGGCUAUGUGAUGGGUGGUUUUAUCGCGACGGGUAAAUUCACCAUGCUGGCUAUGACAUCAUUCCAAAUUGGUUAUUUCAACCCGUUGACGCCUCUCAUGGAGUAUGCCACUGAUGAUGGGAGAACUAAAGGACUGGCCCAAUACGCGAGGGAUGCCGGUAUGAUAUCUGCUGUAUGCUCCGGUGUCGAGGGUUACAAUCUAUUAUCCCACAACUGGAAAGACGGACAGCUUGGUCCUCAUCACUAUUUGAAUUCUUUAGAAGAUCAAAUCACCGGCCUGUCAGAGAUACAUGAAAGUAAGACUGUGCUCGAGUGUACUGGGGACCUUCGCCAAGAAGAGUAUUGCCUCCCUGUGGGGAAGAGCGUGGCCGAGGUCUAUGAGACAAGUGAAGGUGUACGCCUCUUCCAAGAACUGUAUAUGACGGGUAAUCAUCAAGGCGACCAACUGUAUGGUGUUGGUUGGGAUGAUGAUCUCGUGGAGUACCUCAAGUGGCAAGAUGACUUCUACAAUAAAUUGGGUCAACGACAUACUACAAUCGUUAUGAGUGACCACGGCAACCAAUGGGCUGGUCAUAAAGCCGCAGCCAAUGAGAGAUACUCUCCUUUGGCCAUCAUUCUGUCGAAUAAGGAGUUCCCUCCUAAUGUGCAUGAUGUCCUCUCAUACAAUGAGCUUGCUUUAAUAACGAGUGUAGACCUCCAUAACACUGUCCUGGGUCUCAUGGACGAGGACAUGCUGCCAGUCAGCUGUAAGUAG